AUGUCCCCAAGCCCAGAUCUUGAGGACCAGGAAUGGGAGGACAUCCCACUGGAGAGCACAGAUCUCACUAUGGUGGCCUCACUCAUUGCUGAAGAACAGGCAGCACAGAUUUUACAUGAAUGGGCACAAGUCCCAGAAGACCACAACCCAUUUCCCUACCCUCAGACUGAAGUUAUAUUUAAAGAUGCCUUGGAAAGGCUGCAAGAAAUGGAACAUAUACCCUCAUGCCUUGAUACUGCCAGUGCAGCUGGGCCAUCUACAUCAGCAGCCAUUGAUCUCAUUGACAAUUCUGAUGAGUCUGGUCACAACAGUGGUUCAGAUGUUUUCUUGCCCUUAUUGUCUCCCCCUACACCAUCAUCAGAUGGUAUUAUAGCAUCAGCAAACAUUCCUGCCAAUGAUACCUCUACUCCCACCCCCAGUCCUUCAGCUAGCCCUGUUUGUCCACCCCUCUCAGGAUAA